AUGGCAAUGAAGCGCAUUGUCGAAUGGCGCAAACUGCCAGUGAACCUCACGGAACUCUCCAUUGACACGACUUUGCGGUGUGGCCAAUCAUUUAGGUGGCGGAAACUCAAUGAUGAAUGGACAUGUACCUUGCAUGGGAGGAUACUGUCUUUGAAGCAAGAUGAAACUCAUCUACAUUAUAAAGUGACUUGGCCAGAACACCGUGCUGAGAGUAAAUCAUCCGGCAAAGACGCGCCAUCAGAGAAGGACGAUACAGAAGACCUUCUUCGCCACUAUUUCAGCUUAAACAUUGAUCUGGCUUCCCUGUAUCAACAGUGGUCGAAGGAUGAUCCAAACUUUCGGAAAAAGGCACCGCAGUUUACGGGAGUUCGGAUCCUGAAUCAAGAUGCAUGGGAGGCGUUGAUAUGCUUUAUAUGCAGCAGCAACAAUAACAUAUCUCGAAUCUCUCAAAUGGUCCAUAAACUUUGCAAGCAUUAUGGCCCGUUGAUUGGCCACAUAGAGGGCGAAGCCAUGCACGAUUUCCCAGCCCCAGAGUCUCUAACGAAAAAGACAGUUGAGGCCCAUUUAAGAGAACUUGGCUUUGGGUAUCGCGCCAAGUACAUCGCAGAGACGGCUCGCAUCAUUGCGAAAGAAAAACCCUCGGCAUGGCUAGACUCACUACGUAACCCAGAUUUCCCUGCAUUCAACGCCGUGGCAGUAGUGGAUGCGCCGCAAUCCACCUACAAAGAUGCCCAGGCUGCACUCCUCUCCCUCACUGGCGUAGGCCCAAAGGUGGCCGACUGUAUUGCGCAGAGAGAUUAUCGCUUUGGAAAAAAGGGCCCCAAAACGAUCAACAAGGUCAUGUACGAUGCGAUUGGAGACCAUUUCAGAGGCAUAUGGGGUAAAUAUGCGGGCUGGGCUCAUUCAGUCUUGUUUACAGCCGACCUGCGAGAGUUUUCAAGCCGUAUCAAGGAGGAGAAAGUCAAGGAGGAGAAAGUCAAGGAGGAGAAAGUCAAGGAGGAGAAAGUCAAGGAGGAAAAGGUCGAGGAAUUAUCACAGAAAGAAGAUGCUCCAGUCUCAAAGAAGGGGUCUCCAAGGAAGAGGAAAGCUGCUGUUGAGGUUGAGGUGGAAAGUGUAGUACUUGUGAAGGAGGAAGAUACAAAAGAGGGAGUCAUUCUGGAAGUAGACACGACAACCAAAAGGCGGCGAACAAGAGCCCGGCCAUAA